AUGCCGACGAAGAAGAAGAGCCAGUGUGAACGGGCAAAGCCGUCCCUGGCCGUGGCGACGGCGCGGCGUCCCGAGAAAAGCAAGGUCUCCCAGCUGCAGCCCGUCCCCUCGAAGCACAGCUCCGUCGAUGAGCGCAAUUUACACAAUCGGAUGAGCAAAAUCCUGGUGCGCUCGAUGCCGUUCUACCACGGCGUGCUACCGGGGGCCGAGUGUGAGCAGCUGCUGCAGGCCGAGGGCGACUACUUGGUACGGUCGACGCGUGACGAGAAGAAGGGCAAGGAUCAGUUUGUCGUCUCCGUCAUGCACGACGAGCAGAUCCGGCACAUCCCGAUAGUCAAGAAGGACGGCGGUACUUGGCAUAUAAAUGAAGUGGGGAAGAAGACGAUUGGCGAGCUGAUCAACUACCUGGAAGUCAAUGAGAAUGUCUUGCCCUCGGGCGCCAUCCUCAAAAAGAAAAUCAAACGCCCCAGCUACUACAUCAUGCACGAGAACGUGACGAUGACCGACAAGAUUGGCGAGGGCAACUUUGGCGAGGUGUACAAGGGGAUGAUGCGCGAGGAGGGCAACACCGAGAAGCCGUGCGCCAUCAAGAUGUGCAAGGGCGACGUGACGAAGCGGGAGAUUAUCGAGUUUUUGAAGGAAGCACACGUCGGCCGUCACCUGAACCACCGCAACAUUGUCGGCUUCUACGGGGUGGCCGUGCAGGAGAUGCCCGUGCUGCUCGUCAUCGAGCUGGCCGAGGGCGGAUCCCUGCAAGGGUACUGCCACAAACAUCCCCAAGUCGCCAUCGAGCAGCUAAUCAGCUGGGCCACCGACGGCUCGCGCGGGAUGACGUAUUUGCACAAGCAAAACGUGUUACAUCGCGACCUGGCCGCCCGGAAUUGCCUGCUUGGGAAAGAGCUCGAGCUGAAGAUUGCCGAUUUUGGCAAAUCGGAGAUGGACCGCGGCGAGAUCAAGAUGGAGAAGAUGAAGAAGAUACCGAUCAAGUGGUGCGCGCCGGAAAUGCUGUCCGCGGGCAAAUACACGAAGAAGAGUGACGUGUGGAGCUAUGCGAUGAUGAUGUGGGAGAUCUUCCACCGGUGCACCCUGGAGCCGUUCCCGAACUUGACGAACAUGCAGGCCAAGGACAAGAUCGUCAGCCAAGAGCCGAUCCCGCUCCAGCCGCCUCCCGAUUGCCCGCAGACGGGGUGCAAAGUGCUUUACUGGUGCUGGAACAAGAACCCCGACGAGCGCCCCGAAUUCGAGGAAAUUUUGAAGGUGUUCGCCCCCAACGAGGAGCCGCCCCAGGGUCGCAACGCCUACGAGACCUAC